AUGUUGUUUGCGGUGUAUGAGGAGUCGUGUGGUAGCUCAACAGCUCAAGGAGUGUCUGCGUCAGAAAGGUUGUAUGCGAUUGCUGCUUGGGGUGCCCGUGAGGAGUUGGAGUGGUGGGAUUGGUUGCCGGCGACGAAGGUGGUUGCUGAUGAGAGGGAUUCUUUGUUGAACGGGAGUGGGAAGCUAUUGUGCGAGUUUCUACAUGUGGACGAUUUACCAGAUACUGUGGUGCUUUUGAUGGAGAACUAUAGUGGGUUGGAUGAUGUGAAUGACUCGAGUAAGCCUGAUGGCAGGCCAAAGAAGCUCAUGGAUAACUCGAAGCUUGCUGCAAUAGGGUGGGAGGCCAAGAUCUAUCUUAAGGAAGGACUCAAAGAUACCUAUAAAUGGUACUUGGAAAAUGCUGUCAACUAG